ACUGACUGGUUUCAUAAGCAUGCGCCUUACGUCAAGGUGACAAGGCGAGCGCCAUUUUGUAAUUUGUGCUUGAAGAGUGGCAAAGGCGUUGGCGAAGUGAACAUUUUCCCCGAUAAAAAUUAAACAAACACCCGAAAAAGACGAAAUAGUUGGUGCUGUGUACAGUGUAAAGUAGAGUGGUGGAGUGCUGUGGUGUCGUCCAUUGUGCCGUUCGAGUGGAAAAUUGAUGUGUUCAGUUGAGUGCGUAUGAUCAAAGGGAAGGACCGAAUAACCGUAAGAAUACCGAAUACAAGCAUGAAACGAAGUAGUGAUAGGGACACCCCGCCGAGAAGCAAAAGAUCUCGGUCUAGUGUAGGCCGAUAUGAUGAUAGUUCCGACGAAAGAAUCACCCCAGAUCGCGUGAGACGUCGCAGCAGCCGGGGCAGAUCGCCUAGCCCCCGGCCCCCAAUAUAUUCCCCAAUAUAUUCCCCACACCGUGACGACUAUGCUCGCCCUGUGGAAAGAACAUCCUACCCAUACAAGGUUCUUUGUGUUAGUGCGUUACACCCUAAGGCCAGCGACGAAAUUAUCAAAGAAACCCUGUAUCGUGAAUAUAAAAAAUUCGGAGAUCUCACCAUCAGAAUUUCCCAUGAUGUAGAUGAGAGGGUGGCUUAUGUUUGCUUUCGCAGUUCUGAGGAUGCCAGGGAUGCAAAACAUGCCAAACCCAGAAUCAUAGUUUAUGAUAAAGUGGCUGUGGUGGAGGCAGUUUAUGAAGUUCCCAGAGCUGCAGAGAGUUAUUCUCGUAGUCGCCCUCACUCUAUCACCCCUGAAUAUGACAGGUAUCACUACUCCCGCUCUCCAGAUAGAAGAAUUCCUGUUGACAGAGGGUAUGAUAGAGCUUAUGGGCCUCCGGGGGGUGCCCCCAUUCAUAGGGAUGCCUACAGAAGAGACAUAGCGCCAGUGAGUCAUCAUGACUAUAUGGCGAGGCCCCCAAUGUAUCAUGGAGGACCAUCACAUCAUAUGCCUCCAGGCCAUCCUCAUGGUUAUGGCCCGCCACAAAGGCAACAUAUGCCCAGGCAACCUUUUGACAAAAAUGAAAAUAAAAAAGAUAAAUUUCCGAAUUAUUUGCAUCAUGUUCAACCAGAAGAUGACCCCUUGGCCACUAGAACAUUGUUUGCUGGGAACUUGGAGAUUAACAUAACAGAAGAAGAGUUAAGGCGCAUUUUUGGCAGGUAUGGUGUUGUUGAAGAUAUUGACAUAAAAAGACCCCCACCUGGUACUGGUAACGCCUUUGCUUUCGUUAGAUUUCACACACUUGACAUGGCCCACAGGGCCAAAGUUGAACUUUCCGGUCAGUACAUUGGAAAAUUCCAAUGUAAAAUUGGUUAUGGCAAAGCGACUCCCACCACGAAAAUCUGGGUGGGAGGUCUUGGAGUGUGGACCUCCAUUCCCCAACUGGAGAGGGAAUUUGAUAGAUUUGGUGCAAUCAAAAAAAUUGAUUACGUUAAGGGUGACAUUCAGGCAUUUAUUCUUUAUGAUAGUAUUGAUGCUGCACAAGCUGCUGUAAAGGAAAUGCGGGGUUUCCCUCUAGGUGGGCCAGAUAGAAGACUGAGAACUGAUUUUUCAGAUGUGAAUGCUGGAAUCCCCACUUAUAAAGCUAAAGGUUACCCUCCAGAGGUGGGGGCUGAUGAUUAUAGACGUCCAGAGUAUGGAGCUGAAUAUGACUAUGAUAGAGCCAGUUAUGGAUAUAGAGAUAGACCAUUGCCUUAUCCAGAAAGAAGAGGGACCAGUAGAGGCCCUUCAAGAUAUGCUGACGGAGAAGUAGAUGAGUGGGGAAGAACAAGGGAUCCUGAAUACCGCAGAUCAGCAUCAAGGAUUGACAGGUCAAGAUCCAGAUCUCCCAGGAGAUCUCCAGAUUCUGACUCGGACAGUGGCACCCGCCGAGCAGGUUUGCUUGCUUCCAGCAGGACAUUGCCGGAAGUUGCCAGAAAAUGCACCACAAUCUGGCAAGGGGCUCUGAUUUUAAAAAAUUCUCUCUUUCCAGCCAAGUUCCACUUGAUGGAUGGGGACUCUGAUAUAAUUGAAAGUUUAAUGAAGGAUGAGGAUAACAAACACCACCUCAGAAUAACCCAGAGGCUGAGACUAGACCAGCCAAAACUAGAAGAUGUGCAGAAGAGAAUCCAAAGUGCCACCUCUCAUGCUAUAUUUUUAGGUUUGGCCGGAUCUACCGCCUCGGUGACAAACGAGGAUACCUCAGUUCAAACCAGACCAUUGAGGAACUUAGUUUCAUAUUUAAAACAAAAGGAGGCGGCUGGCGUUAUUUCUUUGCUUAAUAAAGAAACGGAGGCCACAGGGGUCUUAUAUUCUUUUCCCCCAUGCCCAUUUUCAACAGAAUUACUGAAGAGAUCUUGUCCCAACUUGUCUGAUGAAGCUAUUAAGGAAGAUCACCUGAUUAUCGUUGUGGUACGUGGUGGUACAGCUUAAUUUUAUGCUUUAUAGUUUUUUUUACAGCACUUUUUUGUUGAGCAUCAUAUACCUACACUUUAUUUUGUUUACUGUAUUUUUUAAGGUAUAGUCAUAUUUACAUAUUUUAUUUAUUGUUUUGUUUUUAACAUUUAUUUGCAGAUGUUUUACAACCAAAACAUUACUAAAGAAGUAGACUUUUUACCAUAAUAUGCUAUAGGGUACUAGUAAUAUUUAGGUUUUAACUAAUUUUCUUAUUUUUGAUUAUUAAGAAAGUAAAUUGAGUUUGGCAUUUUUACAAGGACCUAAGUCCUAGUUGACAAGUUAAUAUUAGUAGCAAAGUUUUUCAAAAAUGCCUUGUAAGGCAUUUAAAGUUUUGUCGAAAAGUAAAAUCUAUAUUGUUGUGACGAAUUCAUAAUCAGUUACCUAUUUUAUUGGGUAUUAUGUCACUAUUUCAGUAAAUAUCAAUUUAGAAAAUACUAUAUCAUAUGCUUAAUUAUUGAAAAGAAGGAAAUAGACUUAUAAGACUUAAGUCCAAUAAUGACUUAAUACAGUAAUUUAUGGUAAAUUAAGAUUUGUGGCAAAAAGUGUUUGAUUUAUUAUUUUAUUUAGUAGUUGAUAUAUUUGUAUCAAGACAUUUUUAAUAAAAAUCUUUUUCAGUUAAAUUUUGAUUAUUACAAAUUAUGUUUGCACAAUCUUAUAAACUUUUUACCACUUCUCUCUUUACUGUUAUUGGAUGAUUAGAAUUAAAAUUAAGAUAUCUUUUACUAUGAAUUGGUUUAUGAUAAAUUCUAGUUUCAAAUUUUUAUAUUUUUUUACUAAAAUAUCAGGAAAAGGCAGUUGACCAUCAGCCUCCUUUUGGAGAGUAAAUUUUAUAGUAGACUCUUUGGAGUUAAUAUAAUUUAAAAAAAUUGUUAAGGCCUAUUUUGUUAUAAUGAUAUAUUGAAAAAAUAUCAAUAUAUAGCCACCAUAUUUCAGGUUUUUUAUUGAACAUAUUAAGAAUUUCAGAUUCAAAAUUCUCCAUAAAUAUAUUACUUAAAAUUGAUGAAAGAGGUUUGUUGAUAAAAUUCAUUAUUAUAUUGGAAAUUGUUCUAUUGUAAUAACAUUUAGUGUUGUGCAUUGUGUCAAAUUAUUAUCAUUCUUUAAUGUAUUGUUAACAAUAUUUAAAGAUUUGGUCAACCAUCAUUAGUAAAGAAGACUUACAUCAAGAUUUAGCAAAAGAUCAUGUGUGUUAAAAGAAAUUGUAAAAAGUUUUAAAAUGUGAGCUUUUUAUGUAUUAAUCAGAAUGAUUAGAGUAUGGAGAUAAAAUGUUAUUAAUAUAUGAAGACUACAGGCGAAAAAGGAUGAGGGUCACAAAUCCAAAGUUUUGUGCAAAACAGAUUUUAAAUUUAAAAACCUUGUAUUUUCUUAUAGCUUAACUCUUUUUGGAAGAUUUUUUUUUUAAAAGGUAGGCUUGUGUAUAUGUUUUUACUAAAAGAGUUUAAAACUACUAUUUUUUUAAAAUAAGCAUCUAGAAAAAAAUUUCAUUAUGGUUAUGUACAUAAAAUCAGGAAAAAAAAGAUGAAGGUCCAAAAAAUUUUUAUUCAAUUACAUUUAAAGUUUUCCAAGUAAAGUUGAGCUUCAACACUACAAAAACGUUUUAAAUCCUGCAGGUUUUGGUAUUUCUUAGCAUUGAUGGAAAUCCUGUUUUCAUAUUUGAAAUUUGGAAGUUCAAAUUGUCCUGAAGGUAGAUCUAAUAUUACUCGAACCUUGAAAGAAAUUAACUACUGUAAAACAAGUAAUGAGCUAGAACAAUAAUACAACUUACCUUAUAUUUGUAGGAGAAUGAGUGAUAAACUACAUCUUCAUCGUUAGCUUUUCUUUGGCGCCGUCUUUUAACUGGCUCAUGCGAAAUGAGACCUGCCAAGUAUAAGGUCUGCUCAUUAUAGGAUUUUAUUUCAUUAAAGUUUUUAAUAAUCGCCAAACGGCCUUGAACACCAAUUACUUCAAAACAUUUUAACCUUGAACAAUUACAACUGCUACCAGUUUCAUGUGUUUGCAAUCUUAGUUUUUUUGACGAGUCAAAAACGCGACCUAAUUUUUUAGUAACGCUUGAAGAUUCACACUCAGCCAUCUUAAAAAUUCCGUGAAAAACACGUGAAGCAGACAAAAACUUGCGAGUCACAUUAGCGCACUUAAAAGCAAAAGCAAACUGCUUCCUGUUGACGCCCGAAUUUACUAGCAUACAAGAUUUUUUAAGAGUGGGGAAUUUUUGGACUCAUCCGUUUUAUAUAAAUCGAGUAGACCAUCAUCUUUUUUCCCCUGUAUGGCAUAUAGCAAAACGCACUUUAUAUGGUCAUCUCAUUUGUUUUCCUCGGUACGGUAUAAUAGGCGUAAAAUACUGGUUUUUUUUUCCGCGAUUUGGCGUGUCUAUCUCAAUUUUUCGUUUUUUGGACCCUCAUCCCUGUGGUCUUCAUAUAUUUUGCAAGAGGGUGAGUAGAUAAAUUUAUGCUAUUAAGUAUAGGUCUUAAGGGAACAAUUAAUAUUUUAUUUAUUUUUGGUAAUUUUCUAAAUUGAUAUUUAAAAUUUGAAAUUGAGAUGUCAUACCCAACCCAACAAAAAAGUACCUAAAAAAUCUCUAUUUAACAUAACCAAAGCCAAAUCUGAGAAAUGGAAUCUAUAUACCAUAUGUAUAACCACAGAUAUAAUAAGACUUAUUGUCUUGUUGUAUCUGUGAUUUCACACUGUAUCAACAUUUUUCUUUAUUUUCUUCUAAAAUUAAAUGGUACAGUUUAUUUUUAUUUAUUUAUCCUUAUGUAAAAUACAAAAUAAUUACAUUAAAAGAGUGCUUAAUACUGAUAAAAACUAACGCUACAUAAUACCUACAUAAAAAACUAAACCUAGACAAAAUAAAAUGAGUAAAAGAAACAAUAUACAUCUAAAUAAAAUUUACAUUAUUAUUUAAAAAAAAAAGACUUAGCAGCUUUUGCAUCCUUUAUUUGUUGUACAGAAGAACUUAAAAAGUCUAUAUUACACUUAAUUAUCACAUGUAGGUACAUUUUUCUAACAUCUUAUUUAUAGAGGAAUAAUUAGUCUUAUUGGUAGAGAACAGUCUAAUGUCAUUAUUUUUCAAUGUAUUUUUGGAACAUAAAUAAGAUGCCAGUCUUUAUAUUUAAUGUGAUUUUGAACAUAAUACAUAAAAAGGGCUGAAUGGAAAUCUCUCCUAUUAUCCAGUCAUUGAAUUUCAAAACAAGUUUAGGAGUCAUCUAAAUACGCAAACCAAUUGGGUAUGUCAUGCAUUUAAACUUUUUUGAGUUCAUGAAAAUUUCAUAACUUUACUUAAAUUUAAGUAAUUAAGAAAAUAACAUAAAAUCCAAUAAAGUAAGUCUUUGGUAGUUUGUAUUCAUACAGAAUUUUAAUACAUUUUUUUUCUUCUUGGCUGCUUCCUAGAAAUUUAGAAUUUCUAGGAACAGAUUAUACACAAUCAAUAUAGGUAUAAUGAAAUAUUGAAAUUAACAAUACAUUUUUAUGAAUAACCUUUAUAAUUAUCACUUAGACAACUUAAUAUCUCAAUGUGCCCAAUUAAUACAAACAUAAUUGUAAUUUGUCUCUCAAAUAAAGCAAAUUUGAAUUAAAUAUUAACAAAACUAACUAAAUCCAAGAGAGAAAAAAAGAAAACAAUAAUAUACCAAUUAUUAUUAUACAUAUUUAUUUCCUCAUUAAGCUUAAACUAGUCAAGCUGCAAAUUAUGAACCAAUCUAUACAGCAAAUCAUUAAACACCACUUAAAAAUUCAUUAUUUCACAGCCAAUAAAUUGACUAACAAAAACUAAAUUUCUCCAAAAAUUUCACAUUAAUGCUAUAAAUCUACCAGUAGAUACGAAAAUUUUACAACUCUCAUUAUAAUGUGUUUUAUUCUUUAUUUUCCUGAUUUCAGUUGGAAAUAAAUUGUAAUCCCAAAUUAAUAAAUAUAAUCCCUUAUACCAGAACAGAUGGUUUCUCUGGUAGAAUUUCUCUUCAUGUGUAAAAUAUAGAUACAAGUUUUAUUAAUUUUAUUACUUGUAAAUUAUGACCCCAUAAUUUUUUUUUCACAAAAGUGAAUAAUAUUUUCAUUGAUGUGGAUCUUAUUAAUGUUUGUUCUAUUAAAGGUUUAGUUGGUCUGUUAAAAGUUAUUAUCAAUGCUCAUCUUCGAAAAGAAUUUUUAUAUGUAAUGAAAAGAUUAGGGCCGAGUAUGGUAUCCUGGGGUAUAUCCAUAUAUUUUUUUUUUUUUGGUGCUUAUUACAUUGUUGAAUUUAGUGUAAUGGUUUUCGUAUUGACAAGUAGCUCUUGAACACCUCCAACACAGGGCCUCUUACUCCAGAACAUCCAAAAGUCGAGUAUGAGACACUGUGCCAAAAACCUUGGCAAUAUCCAUAAAUACAAUCACAGUUUUUUCAUUAUCAUUAAGAUUUUUCUUUUUGCUCAAUUACUUGUUAUUCUUUCUUUAGUUUCCUCCAUUUUUUGCUUCAUUUCUCUUUUUAAUUUACUACUUCUGGUGACCACCUACUACCUAUUUGAGCACCAACCAAAGAUUGGAUGGACCCUCUUAAUCAAAAUAAUUGAUAUGUGAUAGCCAAAAUAUAAAUUCACAAAAAGCCUUGUAACUUAAAAAACUUGAUAUAUUUCGCUUGGUACUUGUUGCUAAUGAAAAUGUUGGUUUGUAAUAGUGGCCAUUAUUUUGGAAUCAUAUAAGUUUAGGCUUUAAUUUAAAUGCAAUCUAACUUGGAAAAUGGGUUGUAAGGGAAACCUUUUUGACUUAUACUUAAUUAUUUAAACAAUUUUUAGGUCUUACUACCCAUUUCUUGACUCAGAGAGAAUAAAAAAUAUUCCCUUAAAAUAAUUUUACUUCUUUAGUACUGUUACCUUGGUAUGGAAAUAUCUGCAUUUAAAAUCUACAAAAAAUUUUAUAAAAUUUACAUUCUCAUGUAAGUACUUUAGUAUAUGACAUAUGCCUACUACUAUACACAUAAUUUAAAUAGUCACUACAAUAUUACAUUCUAGGCCCAUCAGUGCAGUAAAUUCUUUCUUUUGGGUCCAACCAUUUCCCACUUUCAAAAUUACCAAUGAUUGUAUUUGAUUUCAGGAAAUUGGAGAACAGCGGUAAAUUUGUGUUAAAACAAUGUACAGUAGUGUAAAGAGAAUUUCGAAGAUUUGAGCCUAAAAGUGCUGUGAACCAAAUUGUUAAAAGUUGCAGUUCUUUCCCAUUUAGUUGUCGAGUUUGCCUCUAGUGAAAAUUUUGUGUAGUUUUAAUGAUUUAUGUAUUCUUUUUUUAUAAACUUAAACUUUGAUGUGAAAGAACUGUUCAUUAAGUUAGUGUACUGGUGUGUCUUGAUGAACAAAGCAAACAAACAAAAAGAUAAACACUCAUACGAUGUGAUUUAGUGCUUAGCUGCUCUGAGUGACUUAAAAAAUGUAUUUUGGUUUAGGUGUUUUUGUUUAUUCCUUGGACAAGGUAGACUUUAAAAAAACCAGGGCAUAUUAUGUAGUGUUGUGGUAAAUAGAAAGUUCCCAAAAU